UGACUUACGGGGAGGAGGGGACGCGGCCCAGAUAAAAUGCUCCACAGCGGCCCCACCCAGAACAGCGGAGAGUCGGCCCCGGGGAAGGGAGCCCGCUGCGGAUCCGCCCGGGCCGGGACGGUUUCGAAGUUAUUUACCGCGUUUCUCGGGUCCCCUCCACCUCCGGUGUGUUUCGCCCGUAGGAGUUGCCAAGCACAUCUGGAUAAGCGAGGGUCCCGGGCUCCCCCACCCCGGCAGGAGGAGUUGUCACCCGGGGAGGCCGCCCCUCUCUCUGACAUCUGUGGCGGGGGGAGGGGCCGAGCCUUCCCGUAGGAAUCCUGUGGGUGAAGAUUGUUGACUGAUGGAUGCAGGGCUGUGCGAGGGGGGCGGGGGGGGGGGGCCGGGCAGGUAGCGGAGGGGCCUUCCAGAGCUGCUGGGGGUGUUCUCCAGGCCCCCCACCCCUGGCCGUAGGGAUGGAGCCGGGUCACCCAUACCAGGCCCUUUCUGGAGCUAGCGUUUAUUGCUUCCUGGCUCCUGGCUUUACUCUUCUCCUGCGUUCCCAUCUGCCAGCAUCUGGGCUCCCUGGGCCUUUCAGCAGACAUUUUCAAGAGCACAGGCCAUGUGGCUGGUCUCUGAGCCCUGGCUCUGGGAGUGGGCUUCCGCUCAGCAGAGAGCAGGGUCGCUGCAGUAGUCUAAAAAAAAAAAAAGGCAGAUGGGCUGGCCACCGGCUGGCCUCCAGAGACAAAGCUGUGCGGUAAGAUCGCUGGUUUAGCUGGCUCUUAGCACCAUGGAGUGGGGGGUGAGAGGCUGAUACUUGAGGUCUGGAGUAAGUGGCCCUGCCUGCCAGGGAAGUCAGUCCUGUGAGGUCCUGUGGGCAGGCGGUGGCCUGGGAAGGCUGGCAGGGAGCUUCCCACCUGCCUUGGCAGCAGCGCUCCCAAGUUGAUCUGUUUCCCUUGGGCUCCCAGCCGGCUGCGGGCCGGUUGUGGGGUGUUGCUGAGCGCCCGUUGCCCAGCUCCUCUGGCCAUUUGGCUCGAGUGCUGGGGCUGCGCCCAGGGUUUCUCUCUGCAGUGUUUUCCUGCCAGUUGUUGGGACUUGCAGAUUAGUCAUUCGGCUUUUACAAGCAAUUCCUGAAAAGAAAAAUCUCCCUCUGGUUGCUGGCUCUGGGGGGAGGAAGCAGCAGCCUGAGGGAGCCAGGCCUUUAAUUAAAGCAGAACUGAAAUGACUGCUGCAGUUGCUGGAAGGAGGGGGGCGAAGGUGAUGUGCCCUGUCCUGCAGCCAGGUACCUGCCAGGGACAGGUAGGCCGCGUCCCGUGCUCCCUGCCUGGUCUUGGCCAGCAGCCCGGCCUUCUCCACAAGCUGCAGCCCUGGAUUAGUCCCCGCGUAGUGUUUUCUUUCCAUGGAUCAGGUUUCUCGUUUUGUUAAUAAGCACAGCCUCCGAUCCACUUGAAGUCAGCUGUCGUGGACUCAGCAACAGGGUUUUGCAUUAUUGAGCUGACAGGCCUGCUGUCUUCCCCGAGUCCUCAUUGUCUGCCCGGAGGUGGCGGCGGGGUGGGGGCAGUGUCUGUGAGCCGGAGCUCGCCCCCGUGCAAGGGCUGGCAGGGCAGUUCUGGAGAGUCGAGGAGCGAGGAAGGAAUAAAGUCCAGUUUACCCAGGGGACCCGCCGCCCUGCUUUUGCUCGGCCUGUUGGCCUCCAACAGUCAGCCCCACCCACGGCUGGCCUGCCUUGCCCACCGGGGCUGAGGGCCAGUGUGCCCCCCCGCCAGGGACUGAUCACUGGGGUGGGGAGGGUUCUUGUUCCCAGCUGCACCUGCAGAGAGGAGACCACAGGUCAGCUUCCUCUGGCCCCGGCCUGAGCGCCUGACUGAGGAGGGCCUCUGGGAGCAGUGAGGGGCACUGGCCUCAGCGCUGUUUACUCCCCAGCGGCCUUGGACCGGGAUGGGCUCCUCUGGACCUCGGUGUCUAACGUGUUUCCAAAGUGGGAGCAGAGCUGGAGUUCACCAGCGCGUAUCGCGGCCCUCCAGAGCUCAGCCUGGGGAAGCCGCUGGGCACACUGGCUUGGGAACCCAAGGUGACACGGGGGAGUGCCCUGGGCACCUCAGGAGGUGCUGAGGGCCGGCCGGCUGCAGGAGGGUGUUCACAGGGAGCCCUGCGGUCUGGGAACGCGAGGCGGGGUUCAGUCAGGAGGAGGGAGACAGGAGCGUGGCCCUGUAGGUGCCUGCUUCCGGGAAGUCGGCGCCCCCGCUGCCGUCGGGCACCCGCGAGUCCGUGCAGGGGCCCUUUAUCCGCUCAGGAAGUGUUUUGAGAAUAGAUGCGGUGCCCAUGCCGAGAGCGUGGGGCUGGCCUGGGUCUCUGCCCUCUGGCGCUCAGCUUUGCCUCCCUGCGGUGCGCCUUCGGCCGGGAGGUGGAGGCUCUGUGACCAGGCAUUGAUGCACCCCCAGGGAGGCCGCGCACUCGAGGAGGCCACCCCCCCUGGCUGCUGCUCACAUGGUCUCUGGGCCCCUGGCACUCCGGUGGUGCGUGUGGGCAGGGCGCGGGGACAUGGGGCCCGACAUGGAGCUGCCCAGCCACUCGAAGCAGCUCCUGCUGCAGCUGAACCAGCAGCGCACGCAGGGCUUCCUGUGUGACGUCAUCGUCAUGGUGGAGAACGCCGUCUUCCGCGCCCACAAGAACGUGCUGGCCGCCAGCAGCGUCUACUUCAAGUCCCUGGUGCUUCACGACAACCUCAUCAGCCUGGACACGGACAUGGUCAGCUCCGCGGUGUUCCAGCAGAUCCUGGACUUCAUCUACACCGGCCGCCUGCUGCCAGGCGAGCCGCCGGCCGAGCCCAACUUCAGCACGCUGCUCACCGCUGCCAGCUACCUCCAGCUGCCCGAGCUGGCGGCCCUCUGCCGGCGCAAGCUCAAGAGAGCUGGCAAGCCCUUUGGCUCUGGGCGGGGCGGCGCCGGCCUGGGGCGGCCCCCCCGCAGCCAGCGGCUGUCCACGGCCUCGGUCAUCCAGACCCGCUACCCAGGCCUCGUGGAUGGGCGCAAAGGGGCCCACGCCCCCCAGGAGCUCUCCCAGGCCAAAGGCUCCGACGACGAGCUCUUUUUGGGUGGCUUGAGCCAGGAGGGCGCACACGGCCUGGGCCGGCCGGUCUGUCCCGGCAGUGGGGAGGCCGGCCUGGGCGGCUGCAGCACCAACGGGGGUGGCGGCAGCUGCGAGCAGGAGCUGGGCCUGGACUUGUCCAAGAAGAGCCCCCCGCUGCCCCCCGCCACCCCCGGGCCCUCCCUCACCCCCGACGACCCAGCCCAGCUGAGCGACAGCCAGGAGGGCUCGCCCCUCUCGACCUCCGCCCCUCCGGUCGCCAACAGUGCCUCUUACAGCGAGCUGGGGGGCGCCCUCAGUGAGCCCAUGGAUCUGGAGGGGGCAGAGGACAACCCGCUGUGCCUGCUGGAGGGGCCGGGUGGGCCACCCCCCCGCAAGAGCCUCCGGCACUCGGCCCGCAAGAAGGAGUGGGCCAAGAAGGAGCCUGUAGCCGCCUCCCCGUUUGAGCGGAGGGACGUGGCGCCCAAGGGCCCGUGCCCGGGGGAGGAGGCCGAAGGGCUGGGCGACAGGGUCCCCAAUGGCAUUCUGGCUGGCAGCGCGGCGGCGGGCAGACCCUUCGGGGAGCCCCCGUACCCCUGCAAGGAGGAGGAGGAGAACGGCAAGGACGGCAGCGAGGACAGCGCGCAGAGCGGGAGCGAGGGCGGCCCGGCCGGCGCGCCCUACGUGUACCGGCAGGAGGGCUACGAGCCGGUGCCCUACGGCGACAACCUGUACGUGUGCAUCCCCUGCGCCAAGGGCUUCCCCAGCUCGGAGCAGCUCAACGCGCACGUGGAGACGCACGCGGAGGAGGAGCUGCUCCUCAAGGAGGAGGGCGGCGCCUACGAGACGGGCAGCGCGGGCGCCGACGAGGAGGCGGAGGACCUGUCAGCGCCCAGCGCGGCCCUGGCGGCUGGGCCGCGGCCCUUCAAGUGCUCGGCCUGCGAGAAGACCUACAAGGACGCGGCCACGCUGCGGCAGCACGAGAAGACGCACUGGCUGGCGCGGCCCUUCCCCUGCGGCAUCUGCGGGAAGAUGUUCACGCAGCGCGGCACGAUGACGCGCCACAUGCGCAGCCACCUGGGCCUCAAGCCCUUCGCGUGCGGCGAGUGCGGCAUGCGCUUCACUCGCCAGUACCGCCUCACGGAGCACAUGCGCGUGCACUCUGGCGAGAAGCCCUACGAGUGCCAGCUCUGCGGGGGCAAGUUCACGCAGCAGCGCAACCUCAUCAGCCACCUGCGCAUGCACACCUCCCCCUCCUAGAAGCCAAAGACCCGGCGGGCCUCCGCCCCCCACAGCUUUAAUCCGCGGCCCUUCGUGGAGCCUCCGCCACGGGGUCUACAGGGUGGCUCCCAGGGGUCCGCGUGCCGGGCGGGGCGGGGCUGCGGGGCCGGCCUGGCUCUGCGGGGGGCGGUGCCGGAGGGAGGGGUCCGCGCCCUCCCUCCCCGAGCCAGGGGUCACCGCUCAGUGGCGCUGGGACAGCGGGCCCCCACCGCCUACCUCUCCACAGCUAAAGAGCCCUCCGGGCCGGUGUGGCUGUUAUUCCUACUGAUCUGUUCUUUUCUUCGUUUUGAAUUUUGUUUUUUAAACCAAAACCAACAAGAGUUUUUUUUCCUCCCGGCCCUUUGGGGCUGAGCCUGGGUCUGCAGACUGAAUGUACGGGGCGCCGCCCCACCCCGCCCGGCUGCGGCCAGGGCCCACCCUCCGGGCCCAGGAGCUCCUCUCGGCCAAAGGCUCCCCUGGGCCCGAGCCCCCCGGCUGCCUCAGGAGAGAGUGCUUUCCCAUAGUUGCCCAGGAAUCUUUGUUUAGAGGUACUUGUUUUGAUUAUGAGAAAACCCCGUGUAACGUGUAUGUGAGUGUGGGAACUGGAAGGUGCGGGGGGCGGGGGGCUGGCCGCGGUGCGGGGUCGGUACGUUUCCAUUUUCUCCGUGUGUGUGUGUGUGUUUGUGCGCGUGCGUGCAGCGUGCGUGGGGAUCAUGUCACCCCCCUCCCCCCAUCAAGGUGAAGAGACUUCUGACCUUUGCUACCUCUUGACUUGAACAGGACGUGGUUGGUGAUGGCAGCUGUGGCCACGACACUUGUGUUUUCUUUUGGGCCCCGUCAGCAGGGCGCCUGUGUGUCUCGUGCGCGUCUGGCCAGCCUGCUGCCCUGACCCAGCCUGGUGGGCGUGGGCGCUCCGCUGCCCUGCCCGGGGAGCAGGGGAGGAAGUGAGCCCCUCCCCGCCCUGGCCCCUGGACCCCGAGGGCUUGCCCUCUGGAGAGCAGGAGCGCCAGCCUGGCCGGUGCCCGGCCCCCUUCAGCUUGGCACCUCUGGGCGGGCUGGCCAGGCCCCCAUGGGCUCACCCUGAGCCCCACCCCCAGCCUGGGCUCCGUCAGCCUCAGACACCUGCAGGGCUCUAGAGGCUCGCUCGCAAGGCCGGGCCAAGGUCACGAGGUCGGCAGCUGUCCUCAGCCAGCUGCAGUCACAGGGCUGGACCAGCGGCUUUAUAUCCUUCAUUUUGCUUCCUGCUCUUAUUUCUUCUCUUUUCUUUCUACUUUAAUUUCAGACCAAAAAUUCCGGAGUCAUCCCUUCCCCCCUCCAGAGACCCUCCAGCUGAAACCAGGGACCCGGGUGGAGGGCAUGGGGAGUGAGGGGGCUUGGGCUGCGCGGGGCCCUGCUGAGCCCGCUGCCAUUCCCUCUGGGGACGCCUGUUCCAGCAAGUCAGGCAGGACCCCCCCCAGCCCCUCUGCUCGUCCAACCCCCCCCCAUCAGCACUUAAGCCACACGACAGAAGUCUGUAGCGGAGCUGCGCACACGCCCGUGGGCGCGGCCCGGCGAAGCCGGUGGUUCAGGGCAGAGCUUCAGGGACGGGCGUACAGGCCCUCAGGCGACCUUCGUGCGACGUAGUAUUGUACCCACCCCGAGUAUUGUGUCAAGCCUUCUCUGUAUUUUAACAAGCAAAACACUAGUUUCUUAUUUAAGACGUGAAGGGUUUGUGGGGCGGGGCGGGGUUCACAGGACACUUGGGUUUGUUCUCCUUUUCCCUUGGUUUCACGUGGAGUGCGUGCUCGUCAGUGUGUGUGGAUGUGUGUGUCAGAGCCUCACCAGGAGAUUAGGCCAUUGGAGGCCCAGGGCGGCUUACAGUUCUCUGCUUUAGUCACUUAAUUCCUGAAUGUUUCGGAGAAACAGGAAACAAAAUAGCAGAUGUCAUGUAGGAAAGGAUUUAAAAAAAAAAAAAAAGCAAAAAAAAAAAAAAAAGAUCACACCCAAAUUCACAAAAGCUAUUUUUUAAACCAAAGCACAUUUUGAAUGCAUAUGGAACCUCAAUGGGCUCAGAAAAGAAAGAUACUAAUAUAUUUAUCUCAUUGUUUACAUAAACUUUUACAGUUUCAGACCUCAGCAGCUGUAAGGCCAGUCCAGUGAGCCCCCACCUUCCGUCCGAGGCCCUGAGUCGGCCCGGAGGGCUCACGGGCAGGGGGGCCGCCCUGGUCGGGCAGCGUGGAGGCCCCGCCCUCGCGGAGCCCUCCUCCCAGCCCAGCUGGCACCAAAGAGCGGGGGCCUGCGCCCACCGGCCCCUGGGCCUCCUGGCCAGGCGGAGCGGUCCCGGCCAGCUGGCGCAGCAGGGCGGCCUUGGCUGUGGCCGCAGGAACCGAGUCUGGGCUUGGGCCCCGGGAUGGAGGUGCACCCUGUCCCGCUGCUCUGCCCGCGAGACCCCCGCUGGGUUGAUGUGAGGGUCCCUCUCAAGCCAAAAAGCCAGGACCUUCGCACGCCUCCGCGGAGACUCCAGCGGGUCCAGCUGUGGGAGGGCUCACUGGGCCGGUCCUUACCUACACAGACGGUGCAAACACUCGGAACAGUGUUGUUUUUGUAUCAAUAUGUUUGUGCAGUGAUGAAUGUAUUUAUUUCUCAGACUCAGGGGCGAGCGGCAGGCCAGGCUCCGCCACGCCACACACGCUCCCCCGCGAGACCGAGCCCGCCGCCGAGGCUCCUCCAGGAUUGCAAAAAAAAAAAAAAAAGACGGACCUUUAAGCAGAUCUGAAUCUCAGAGACGCGCAGCAUAGCCAUACACCUCAGCCUGUGAAACGGACACUCUGGACCCAGAACCUCACGCAGCCGGGUGUGUUCCCGGCGGCCGCCACCCGGGGGCGCCGGCUGUCCGCCAGCCCCACCCGUCAGUAUUCACUGGACUGGCCGCUAACAGGAGUGCGAUCGCUCAUGGGGCGGGCGGACCCCAGCCUCUCUCCCGGCAGCCUUCCUGGGCCGGGGCGAGGCCUGGGCAACCAGGAGGGCAGGGCCGCUCGCCCUUCCCCCGCGGCUUGGGGACGAAAGCAGAGGCGACGGGCCUUUGGCGGUGCCCUGUGCAGGGACCAAGGCCCCCGCUCCCCUGGGCAGCGGUGGUCACAGAGCCCGCGAAUCUGAUGCCUGGAGGGGUGGGGCAGGCCCGCCCAGAGCCCGGUGUGACAUUCCACGUCAGGGGGUGGGGGUGCGUCGUGGGAGUCGAGGCUGCCCGGGACCCCCGGCUUGUCACCCCACUGCGACUUUCUACCGGGAGCCCCUCCCCCUACCUCACCUUGCUAUUUAUUGCUGUAAUUUAUUGACCUCAAAUAUGCUGCAUAACAGACCUCACUCGGGGCAGGAAGGGUCCCCGGGGCUCCUCCCCGCCACUCGGCGGGGCCCCAUGGGGCCAGGUGCUGAGGGGAGCCCUCUGCCCCCACCCACCACUUGCUUCCCUCUCCCCCCGCCCGGGGGACCCCAGGUUGGGCACUGGCCCAUUCACAAAUACCUCGUCGGAGAGAGGGGAUGGGGUUUCGCCGUUUUUUGACCGGGAACUGGAGGCGGACUCACGUCCCGCUAGGCGCCCUUCCCAGGAAGGGGGCGCACGAUCGCACUCCUGUGCUGGCCACCGCCGCUGUCAGGCACCACACUGCCCUCACCUCCCUCCAGAGUCUGGAUAAUUCAGGUCAGAGCUGCGGGUGCGCAGCCCUCCAGUGUAAUAAAGCUGGUCACUGAUGUCUCCAUUCAGAGCGUGCAGUCUUAAUGUACAGUGACGAGAUACUGUUAUUUUAUGAUCUUUUCAUUAAAAGCUUGAUUC